CUCCCCCUCUCUCUCUCUCUCUCUCUCUCUCUCUCUCUCUCUCUCUCUCUCUCUCCCUAGGGUCCAGUGGCUUAUUUGGUUUGAAUUUGGAGGCCGAAGCAACAAAAGAAGGCUUCAGAGAAUUCUGGGGUGAGAUCAUUUUCUCUCCUUUGAAAAUGUAUAACAACAACAAUACAGGGAUUUUCCGGGGCUUAGCUUCUAGCCCGGUGCCUCGAUUUUCAAAGGGAGGAGAUGUGUCUUCUGCUUCGCUUACCCCUUUGUACGACGAGCUAACUGAUGAAGAAACAGAAAUAGAGGAGCUCGAGAAGAAGAUCUGGAAAGACAAGCAGCGUUUAAAGCGGCUCAAGGAGAAGUCGAAGAUUGGUUUAGGAAAAAGAUUGGAGGUGAAGCAGCCUGAUGAUGAUUCUCCAGAGUUGCAAGAGCAUUCGAGUAAGAGAAUGAUGUACCAAGCACAAGAUAAGAUCUUGAAGCACAUGUCCAAGGCAAUGGAGCGUUGCAAAGCUCAAGGCUUUGUUUACGGGAUCGUGUUUGAGAACGGGAAAACGGUGACGGGUUCUUCUGAUAACCUCCGUGAAUGGUGGAAAGACAAAGUGAGGUUUGACAGGAACGGGCCAGCUGCUAUAUUGAAGCACCAAAGGGACAUAAAUUCUCCUGAUGGAAGCGAGUUAGGGUCUGAGACUGGGAAUUGCACCGCUCAUAAGUUGCUUGAGCUACAAGAUACGACUCUUGGAGCACUUUUGUCCGCGUUGAUGCCUAAUUGCAAGCCUCCUCAGAGGAGAUAUCCGCUGGAGAAAGGCUUGACGCCUCCUUGGUGGCCAACGGGGAAAGAAGAUUGGUGGGAUGAUUUGUCUUUACCAGAGGAUUGUCGUGGACUUGCUCCUCCUUACAAGAAGCCUCAUGAUCUCAAGAAGUUGUGGAAAGUUGGGGUUUUGAUUGGUGUGAUCAGACAUAUGGCUUCAGAUAUUAACAACAUACCGAAGCUCGUGAGACGGUCUAGAAGUUUGCAGGAGAAAAUGACUUCAAGAGAAGGCUCUUUAUGGCUCGCUGCUCUUAACCGAGAGAAGGCUAUCAUUGAUCAAAACCAUCACCGUCCCUUAACCAUCAUCUCUGGAGAAGACAACAACAAUGGUUCUAACAAUCUUGUUCCUGGAACAAGUGGCGACACUGAUCAUGUUCUGUUCCCUGAAUCUGCAGAUUAUGAUGUUGAAGGAAUGGUUGGAUCUCAUCAUCGUCUCAUUCCGCAAUUCCCUGAGUAUGAAAACAACUUCAAUGGUGUUUACAAGAGGAAGUUUGGAGGAGAUUUGGGUGUGUCUUUGCAUCCAAGAAUCUUCACUUGUGAGAACAGUCUCUGUCCUUAUAGCCAACCACAGAUGGGAUUUCAUGACAGGAUUACGAGAGAGAACCACCAGAUGAAUUGUCCUUAUAAAGCCACUACAUUUUACCAGCCCCCUAAACCGUUUGGUAUGCCUACCGGUUUAGUUGCUCCUUAUCCGGGUUAUAACCGGAGUUUUCAUGGAAACAAACAGGAGAAUCAAGAGGAAAUGCAGGAGCAGGUUCAACAACAGUUUAAUCCACUGAACAAUCUCUACAGACCAAAAGCAGAACAAAGAGGAGGUAACAUUAAUGACUAUGUCUCUGAUCACCGGUUUGCUUUGGUUGAUAAUUUGUGUCCUUCUACUUCGGUGAUGAAUCUUAAUUCUGGUUUAGUCUUGCCUACUGAGUUCAAUGGCAAUGGGGAAACAGUGAGAAUAGAUAACAAUCUGCAGAAUCGAGAGGAACACUUGCCCUUGCCUUGGAUUGAGUGAAGAAAUUAAGCUUCAUGAGUUUGCUUGUGUUUGUUUUCUAGCCUAUUAGCUUUGUUUCUUGCUUUUUCUCUUCUUUAUUGCUCACAUUGAAAACAGUUUUGAUCUCUCCAUUCCGAUAAGCUUUGUUGUAGCAAUGGAGAAGAUUAGGUUUCAUAAU